AUGAGGUACAUAACAAUUGGUGCGAAGAUACUCGAGAAGCAUAUUCAGUCCAAGGCCAAGAGAGUCAGUACGACUACCGGCAACAGAGUCAGUCUUUUCGAGAGCCUCAAAGCAGACUGGACGAGCAACACGCAGAUUCAAACCGACCAUGCGGACUUUAGAGGCCUUGCAGAUCCAACAACAGCCGAGACAGCCUACAUGCAGCUUUUUAUCGCUGCGCUGCGAUACUUUCCAUAUCUGUCACAGGAGGCACCGUUGCAGGAUUCUGGAGGAGCUUCCAUUGUCGCCGAAGUAAAGAAAGAUUAUUUGGUGCUUCUCUGCCGCAUUGCAAAACAAGUUGGCUUUUCGAAUCAAAAGAUUGAAGAAUUGUGCGCCAUGGACGGCGCCGACCCUCGAUGGGAGCUCCCGGAGACAGAGAAGCCAUGCUUUUGGCGAGGCGGAAAGCCUUCGUAUUCCGCCUUUCGCGAGCUCUGGA